ACCUAGGUACUCCUCAUUAGAGCUACAGACUGAUGGACAGAGAGCAAAGGAGGGCUGGAGACAUUAUUAAGAGGAGAGGCAAGGAGAGUGAGAAAUUGUGAAACAGGGAAAGUUAGAACAUAACCAGUCUUAUACUUGUGUUUACCCUUCGUUCACUUCUGCCUUCCCUCUCCACUACCUGAGGCACACACACAUACACACACACAGGGAGGUGUUUCAGGGAGGCUUAGAGGGCUGACUCUCCAGGGAAGAAGGGAAUUAAACACUUUUGUUUUCAAUCUGCUGCGCUCAUACUCAGGAGGAAAAAAAAGGGAUUACAGCUUGUGCGUCUGUCCCACUUGUUACUCUCUUCUCCCUGCAUUUUGUUUUCACUGAGUUACUUUUGGAGACUUUGGAUACAGCCUUCUUGAAUUGUUGGUCCAGGCUCAGAGAGACAUGGCGCACGGACAAAAGAGCCCCAGGUGGGCAUUAACCCAGGGCUCCUUCAGCUUGGCACUGGGCCUGUCGCUCUUCUCCCUCCUCCUCCUCCUCCUCACCGUCUCGGCCGCAGACGAGUACGACUACUACAGCUGGCAGUCAGACAACUUCCACAACGGCCGCUUCUACACCAAGCAGCCCCAGUGUGUGGACAUUCCAGCUGACCUGCGCCUGUGCCACAAUGUGGGCUACAAGAAAAUGAGGCUGCCCAAUCUCCUGGACCAUGAGACCAUGCCAGAGGUGAAGCAACAGGCGGGCAGCUGGGUGCCUCUCCUUGCCAAACGGUGCCAUGCUGAUACCCAGGUCUUCCUAUGCUCUCUGUUUGCACCGGUGUGUCUGGACAGGCCCAUCUAUCCAUGCCGUUCCCUGUGUGAAGCAGUGAGGGAUAGCUGUGCUCCGGUGAUGGAGACCUACGGCUUCCCCUGGCCUGAGAUGUUGACCUGCGAUAAGUUCCCCAUCGAUAAUGACCUCUGCAUCCCAAUGCAGUUCACAGGGAACCAUGCAACCCAGCCACCAGUCUCCAAGGUGUGCCCUCCAUGUGACAAUGAGCUGAAAACAGAUAACAUCAUGGAGCAUUACUGCGCCAGUGACUUUGCCCUCAAGAUGAAAAUCAAGGAGGUGAAAAAGGAGAAGGGUGACAGGAAGCUGAUCGCAGCACAAAAGAAGAAGAAGGUGCUGAAACAAGGCGUACUCAGGAAGAAGGACCUGAAGAAGCUGACCCUGUACAUCAAAAACGGUGCCAACUGUCCGUGCUCUCAACUCGACAGCCUGGGCUCCAACUUCCUCAUCAUGGGCCGCAAAGUGGACCAACAACUGCUGCUCAUGUCCAUUCACAAGUGGGAUAAGAAGAGCAAGGAGCUUAAGUUCGCCAUCAAGUACAUGAAGUCCCAUCAGUGUCCCACCUACCACACCGUCUUCCAGUGAUGCAGGACUGACUUCGCCACGGCUCCCUACAUUCCAUCCCGUUCCGCAAAAUCCAGAUUCUCAUUUAAACAAUACAUCCUUGAAUCCUAUGUGCCUGCAACAUCUCUUAUCAGGGUGGUCAAGCUUUUAUUUUUUCCGCUUUAACACGAAUCAGGUUGUAAAAGAGAUAGUUCUGAUCCACUUAGAGGGAUCAGAAAUAUUAACUAAAAGAGGAAAAGCUUCACAUUCCAUAACUUUAUCUAAAUGUUUAAUUUAUACAGCUAUUGGUUUGAAUUUUUUUGGGAGAUCUUUGUAAAGAAAACAAUCUCCCAUCAGUUUAAUAGAAACAUCCUGUAUUUUCCUCUUCUGAUAAUAGUCGAGCUAAUCAACCGAUCAAUCCAGAUCAAUUAGAGAGCAGCACAGAUAAAUAAAAAUGGGAGGUUAAAGAUCUGAGGCAGGAAAAUAUGUCUGAUUAUGUAAUGAUUUGAGUGGAAAUGGAGCCAAGUGGAAGGGGAGGGUUUCUUUCUAAGUAAAAAGAGCUGAGAAAAAUGAUAUGCUACAUGUGGGCUGUGCAAUGGGCCAGUACACAUGCUGGCACAGAGCUCCCAGGAACGACAUCAAAGCAGAAAAAAUGUAGAUGAUCCACUUAACUGUAUGUUUUAAUAAUGUAAAAAGUAGGUAAUUCAGAAGAAUACUAGAUCAUUAGAAACAGGGCUUUUUUUCUUUUAUCCCUGCUGGGAAAGAAGGCCGAUGGAGUGAGACGCAGCGAAGAGAGGCAGACUGAUGGACUGGAUGGUGCUUCCACUGACUUUGUUCAGCACCACUUCGUGACCUGACAGAGGGAAACUUGAAUAUUUGUUUAUUUUUUGCUUUUUGAAAUGGAGAGAGAAUGAAAUAAGGCAGAGAUGAAAACCAGUGGAGAGAAGAAAGAAAGACAUAAAGAGAGAGAGAAAGAGACUCUGGACAGAACCAACAAUGUUGGGUUGAUAAGUCUCUGGUACUCACUAUUUUUCACUAUCACUCUUCACAUGUUUCUUUUUUUUUUUACUUAAUUUUUUAAUUGUCUUCAGUUAAACUCCUAUGGUAUGAAAACAGAAAUCUUACAUACAGACAUAGCAAUUGAAUUCACAUUAGCAAUAAGAGAUAAGAUUUAACUUUGACAAUAUUUUCUAAUCAGUUAACCUGUAAGUAGUCCUGUUACUGAAAUACAUCUUUGUUUUACAAAAAAGUAAAUGAAUAAAAUAUAUUUGAAAUUUUUAUAAAGAAAA